UACUGGAUACUGAUGGUCAGUAGUUAUCGACGUUGUGGCGCGGUAAUAUCUACAGAGAUGUUGUAUACUGUCUACUAGAACGUUCCUAAUGAAAAUUUUUCGUAAAGAUGUCUGGCAUAUCCAAGAUGCGCAUGGACUAAAACAAAACAAAAAAGAAGCUUAUAAACUCGGACAUAAAUCACCGGAUUUCAAAAAAAUUUCCAGGAUUUCUCUGUGAUACGUAUGAAAAUGCCUGGUAAUAACAUUAUGAAAAACAUACGCUCAUUACAAAUAUGCUCAAAACGAUGGCGGUCAUCUUCAACUGUUACUACUCAGGCUGUAUCAUCGGAGUCUAUCAACGAGUUUGAAAUUGCUGAAGAAUUAUCUAAAGGUAAACCAUACAGUGAAGUUCCAGGACCAACACCAUUACCUAUUAUUGGAAAUACAUGGAGAAUGUUGCCGAUUAUUGGUCCAUACCAAAUAUCAGAUUUGGCUAAUGUGUCAUACAUAUUAUACAAACAAUACGGAAAAAUAGCAAAAUUAGGUAAUCUUGUAGGUAGACCAGACUUGUUAUUUGUUUAUGAUGCCGAUGAAAUAGAAAAAGUCUAUCGACAAGAAGGAGAUACGCCGUUCAGGCCGUCUAUGCCAUGUUUGGUGAAAUACAAAAGUCAAGUAAGAAAGCAAUUUUUUGGAAGACUUCCUGGUGUAGUUGGAGUUCAUGGAGAACCAUGGAGAGAAUUUAGAACAAAAGUUCAAAAGCCAGUUUUACAGCCACAAACUGUAAAAAAAUAUAUACAGCCUAUUGAAGAAGUAUCAGAUUAUUUUAUUCAAAGAAUGGAAGAAAUGAAAAAUAAAAAGUCUGAAAUGCCUCAUGAUUUUGAUAAUGAAAUUCAUAAGUGGGCGUUGGAAUGCAUUGGACGUGUAGCUUUAGAUGCUCGAUUAGGAUGUUUGAGACCAGAUUUACCACAUAACUCAGAACCUCAAAAGAUCAUAGAUGCAGCUAAAUAUGCACUGCGCAAUGUAGCUUUAUUGGAACUUAAAUAUCCAUUUUGGCGUUAUUUACCAUCUACACUUUGGACAAAAUACGUUUCUAACAUGGAUUAUUUUAUUGAGAUUUGUAUGAAGUACAUCGAUGACGCUAUGUCAAGACUUAAAACAAAAACAUCGAUUAAUGAAAAUGAAUUAUCAUUAGUUGAAAGAAUUUUAGCGAAUGAACCCGACCCUAAAACAGCCUAUGUAUUAGCUUUGGAUCUCAUUCUUGUUGGAAUAGAUACGAUAUCAAUGGCUGUAUGUUCAAUGCUCUACCAAAUAGCGACAAGACCUGAUGAACAAGAAAAAAUCCAUCAAGAAGUAAUAAAAAUUCUUCCAAAUGAAAAUGACAAAUUAGAUUCCAGUAAAUUGGAUAAAAUGGUUUAUUUAAAAGCUUUUAUCAAAGAAGUAUUUAGAAUAUAUUCAACUGUUAUUGGCAAUGGUAGAACAUUACAAAAAAACAUGACCAUUUGUGGAUAUGAAAUACCAAAAGGCAUACAGCUAGUAUUUCCGACUAUUGUAACGGGAAACAUGGAAGAAUAUGUGACAGAUUGUAAACAAUUUAAACCUGAAAGAUGGAUGAAACAAUCAAACGGAUAUAUACAUCCUUUUGCAUCACUUCCUUAUGGACAUGGGCCAAGAAUGUGUUUAGGAAGAAGAUUUGCUGAUCUAGAAAUGCAAGUAUUUAUUGCAAAGCUUAUAAGAUCAUACAAACUUGAAUAUCAUUAUGAACCCUUAAAAUACAAAGUAACAUUCAUGUACGCACCAGACGGAGAGUUAAAAUUUAAAAUGUUAAAAAGACCUUAAAGAUUAAAAAAUAUUCUUUUGUAAUAAUAAAUUAUUAAAAUAUACUUAAAUUAUUUUUAAAUUUAA